AUACAACAAAGGCCGAGUGCAAUCCUCCAGGUGAUAUGAGUCGUCGAUUCCCCCUCUUUUGCUUCCCUCCCGUCGGCUUUUUGUUAGUCAGUUCAAGUUUGCGUCGAUCGGCGCCCGUCGCGAAUUAGUUCUCUCCGUGAAUUUGGUUAUUUUCGCACUGAAAAAUGUGGUGGCGGCGAUAAUGGAAGUGGAGGACAAUGUGGUGGUGGGUUCGGACGCGGGCAGCGACGCCGGCAUGGACUGGACGGACGCGAGGGAAAGCCUCACGCACGAGAGCGCGUCGCCGGUCGACCCGCUCAGCAGCGAGUACGAGGAGGUGUUCGGCGCCGACCGCAGUGACGACGGCGGCGGCGCCGAAAGUCCCUCGCCGGACGACAAACCCGAUGGUCCCGCGGAAAAGCGGCCGCCGAGUUGCGAGGAGCCCGAGGAACGCGACGACAACUUUGUGGUCGAUAGUCUCGGCAAAAUUGCCAACGAAGCCGAAGCCAGGCUAGCUGCGAGACGGCAAGCGCGGGCUGAGGCGCGGGAAAUCCGAAUGCGAGAGCUGGAGCGCCAGCAGAAGGAGUCGGAGCAGUCCUCUGAGAGCCCUAUGUACCCCCUUUCACCUGCUGAAGUCAAGCAGCAAAAGUUAGACUCAUCUGCUGUCCGAGCGCGGGUCGCCGUCAGCAGCCAAAGGUCGCUCUUGUCAACGCAGCCGUCCAACUACCAGUCGAGCAGACGCUCCUCCGAAGACUCAAUGGAGGACGGGCUCAGUUUACGGGACAUGAGGCAAGAGAUGAAGGAUUUGGACGAAAAGUUUAAGAAGGCGAUGUUUCACAAUGCUCAGCUGGACAACGAAAAAGCCUCGUUUUCUUACCAGGUCGAGUUGCUUAAAGACCAAAUUGAACAGCUCGAAGAGGCGCAUUUUCUUUUACAAAAAGAGCACAGGGACAAGUGCAAGGAGUAUGGCCAACUAAAGCGCGACUCGGACAAGGUGGUAGAAGAGCGGGAUGUUUACAAAGCGCAGUUGGAGGAGCGGGACAGGUUGAUCCAAGAGGCCGGUCUAGUCAUUGUGGGUGAGGACUACGUGUCAAGUGAGGAGGAGGACAGCGACGAGGAGGACGAGGACAGCGAAAAGAGCGCAACGCCGCCCAAGCAGCGGAAGGCGCUUGUCUCGGCAGACAACGCGCAGCUGCUUGACGCAGCAGGUCAGGGUUCGCUGGACGUCCGGCUCAGACGAUUCAAGGAGGAGCGCGACGAGCUGCAGGACCAGGUGCGACACCUUAAACUCGAGCUUGAGGAGGAGAGGAACCGAAACCUGAAGGGAUCAGUUGGCUCAACGUACAGUGUGAAUGGCCCUAAUGACGACGAGAUGGACUUGCAAAGAGAAGCGUCGAAACAGCUAGGCGACUACAAAUUCAAAUUGCAGAAGGCUGAGCAGGACAUCUCGACGUUGCAAGCCAAUGUCGCGCGUCUUGAAAGCCAAGUGCUGCGUUACAAGACUGCCGCCGAGACGUCCGAGAAGGCCGAAGAGGAGCUCAAGACAGAGAAGCGCAAGUUGCAGCGCGAGGUUAGAAAUGCCCAGCAGCGCAUUCAGACCCUCGAGGCUAACAACUGGGCACUGCAGAAGCAAGUAAAUCGGCUCAAGGAGCACCCUUCGGCGGCACCGCGAUAGUGCUGCGGGAGGCGCAAGUACGGGUAGAGGAGCUGGACACUCAGAAUACGCAUCUGGUGCGGAGACUAGACAAGCUCAAGAAUGCAAAAUCAACCCUGUUGAAGGAACUCUGACAAUGAGCUGAGCCGCCGAGGCCGCCGAGAGACUCUUUUCGAGUGACCACAAUUGUUUACUGGUGUGAGGGUGAAAAAAGACUUUCCCUAAUCUUGUCAAGUCCUCUCCGAAUUAAAAACCAAACCGCUGUUGUUGACUCGCGGACCUUUCUGUUGCAACAAAAAAUUUGCUCGUGAGAAUUUCGUUUUUAAAAUCUCGAUUCGUUUCACAAAGUAUAUUAAAGAGAACGGAAAAAAAAUACUUAACAAUUAGUAAUAUUGAAUCUUUUCCAAAUAAUACCAGUUUUAUGGACAUCAUAAGUCUGUGAUUAUUGAUGAACUUUUUUAAUUGUAUAUGUUUGAUUGGCGCUUUUUGUAUAGCAGGAUGUAAGUGUACACAUUUUAACAGCUUCUCGCAAUAAUUAUAUUAUAUUAUUAUAUAUGUAUUUAACGCGCGGUUAACUAAAAUGUUGUGUAAAUAAUUAACCGAGAGUAAGAAAGGGAACGAGCCAAAUUGAUAACGGAUUUGGAGCCAGCCAUAUGUAAUUGUAGGUGCAACAACAAUCGUUUUGUAAAAGAAUGAAAAAAUAAUAGGAAUGAAAAUCGCUUCAUCACAUCAUAUCCAUCACACUGGAAUAUUACGUACUCUAUUUUAAUUGUAAAAACGUGCAUGCAGUUCUCGUCUGUUUUUAUUCCGACCAAUUUCGUUUUUGUUGAACUGUUAUUUGACAACAUUCUCUUCUCGAUUCCAAGUAAGUGUCGCCCGAAAUCUUUUAUACCGACUGCAAAGUUCUAACUUAUUCUGGUAUUAUGUUGGAUUGUUGAGUAAUGAAAAUAUUAAAAAAUUUCUAAAGCUUA